AUGGGCGAUCAGGAGCCGUCUGCAGACUUCCAUGACCCAUCACUAGAGGACACCUCGGACUCCACAGAGUCUUCCUCCAACGCUGCAUCAAUGCCGUCUCUUCUUCAAGAGGCCCGGCGCUCUCUGCGGGUUUUGGCAGCCAAGCUGGUUGUCAUCGACCACCCGCCACAUGAGCAGAAGGAUCUUUUAGUUGGCAUCUCGUGCCUGGCGCUGGCAACACCAGCGAUUCCGGCGUACUGUGCCGGAGACUUGCGCACAGUUCUGCUCACUGUAGGCAUGACUAUCACGUCACUGAACGCAGACUAUCUUUAUCUCGGCACCGUCUGGAACGUGAUUGAUCGUUGGUGUGCCCUCGGCUAUUCGUUUUACUUGUACUGGUUGGCCUUUCCACACUUGCCACUGCUGUCCACCUUGAAUGUCAUUCCUCUGGUCGGUUUUCUUGGCUACUCGAGGAGCUCUUCGACAAAGGAGGAAUGGUCCUUUCGGCAUUCCCUUUGGCACCUCUUCCUGGCUGUGGACAUGCCGUUCUUCCUCGUGUUCGGGGCCUACUCCGAUCACUUCUUCAGGUCAUCUGCCAUUGCAGCGGUGGAGGGCAGCCGACAGUGCGCCAAGGCCCUGGAAAAAGCAGACAAAGCCGCAGAGGCAGAGCUGGAUCCAGGAGCGGACGAGGCGACGGAGGCGGGCGAGGCAUGCGACGAGACAGAGAGCAGCGGCUCGGAGCCCGACGUGCCUCCGACACCAAAGCAGGUGGCCAAUGCAGCGCUGCAGCACGGGCGGCUCGUUGCUCAGAGAAACAACAACCACAAGGUUCUGCAAAGGUUGAAUGCCGAGAUCCUGGGCCACCAACGGAAUGCGCCGCACUGA